AUGAGAGAGUGCUCACAUAAUUAUUUGCCGCGGGUCGGCAUACAGGUGCCUCCGGGUGUCGGGGAUGUUGUUUUAGUCCUUUGCAGCGACGUUAAGCCUGAGAUUUGUGCUCAUGCCAAGAUCUAUUACACGUGUACAAGUAUAUCUGCACCACAAUCUGCACCACCAAAAAUAGCGUCAUCGCCUGAGGAGUCUCAGCUCAGACUCUUGGAGGCCCUUGUUAAGGAGAUCAAGACACCUGUGACUGAGCGCAACCCCCCUGAGCGCCGGGGUUCACAAUCCUCUACGUGCUCCAACCGUACUAUUCGAGCUCCCCCUGAGGGCUUGAAUCGUUCUACUACAUCUUUACAGGAGCUAUUGGAUAAACACAGCGAUACGACGCAGACGCACUCUACUCCCUCUGGUAUCGAAAAGCAAUCAGGCUCUGGAUUGGGCGAGUCGUCUCAGCAGUCAUGCCAAUCCAAAGGAAAACAAAAGGCAAUUGACAUUUCUUCGCCACUAUCAGAUCCUCAUAUAUCACCUCCAAACUCGGCCACCUUUUCUACUUUACCCAGAUUACCAAACUUGCCGCCACCGCCGCCUGCCGGACCUGCGCCGACUGUUCAAAGCAACCCUGUGUCCCAGCCGAUCACGCAAAAUCAACAAUUCCCGCCAGAGGCCAUGGCUUCUAUUAUGUCAUGGUUUUCUACAGGCUUCUCGCAUGUGACUUCGACGCUGGAAGGCCACCAGUCAGCCAUCGCGAAGAGGAUUGAAGACGACGUUAAGGAAAUCCGUCAGAUUUGCAUGCGGACCCAGGAACAACAGAGGAAUUUAUCCUGCGAGCAUUACGCAAAGUCAAAGGUUAAAAAAAAGAAGCGCGCUGGUUUUGUUCCUGAUCCUAAGGACGAUUGCGUAGAUGCUCCCACUGAUCAUAGCAAGGUGACUUAUAACGCUUUCAAGGCAUGUAUCCGCCAGCAUGCGCAUCAUCUUCUGAGAGUCAGUGAUUAUAGACUGUUGACUUCGAGUAACUGUAGCAUCACUGAAGAUGAGAACUUUGCGUACAUCUCAAAUACUCCCGGCCGCAUCCAGAUUACUGCAGACAACUUUCGUCUUGAUCUGAUGCGCCAUCGAAGCACCAAAUUCAACAUCGAUGCCAUCCUUGUAUUUGCCCUCGACUUCAUCGAGAAAACUACCAAAUUUGGUUGGUACAGCGAUUCUAAAAUUCCUGAACGAUACUUUACUCGAAAAGCCGUGAAAGAUGCAUUCUAUUCGCAUUUCAAAACCAUCCGAGACUAUUAUAAGGAUAUAGAGAAGGUCAAGAACGGAAUGUCCAUGGAGGAGCUUAAAGAUAAGAAGCAGUUGGAGCUAAAGAAAAGUGCAAGGCAGUCAAGGAAAAAUCGACUUUAUGCAGAGCGAUUGAAAGCUUGUGCACUUGAUGGUGGCCCAUUUACACCACAUAUGGCUCUCUUACAGGAAGCAGGGAGCGCAGGGUGUAGUUCCGACGAAUCUGAGAGUGAACCAGACCAGGAACCUGCAUAUUUGCAGAAGGCUCCUAGGCGUGCGAAGCACAUUGGAUACAGACGCAUCGAGCCAAUUUGGCGGGGCACCGCAUUCCGCUCGCUGAUGUAUCGUAUUGACGACCGUGUUGAUGACUUAAGGUCUUCGGGAGUCAACUUCGCGUCUUCCAGAGCCAGCCGACGACGGUGUGGAAAUGUACCGCGCACUAGACUUCACUCAAACAAGACAAAUCCGUCAGUCGCAGCACCUCCCAGCCUUCCUCGAAAUUGCUACAAUCCAGUAUGGUACAAUUCACUCCCACUAGAAGCAAAGCUGCGGUUAGACAUCAAAGACUGGGACUGGGAUUUUUGCAAUGGCGGACAGUUGGAAGUCGAAGGUGCACCUCAGACUGGUCAUGGAGAUUAUUGUGUUCCGGACCCAUCGGAUCCAUUUGGCCAGCGAAGGAUGCAGGUUGAUGGAGACUGCGGAGAAGGCCCUUCAAAUUCAGACAGUUAG